GUAGUAAUUUUAAAUUCGUUUGUGGCAACUCUUUCAACUCAACAACACUCUGAGCUGAAAUCUGAAGCAACUUUUGUUGCCAUUGCAGUGAGGAAUGAGAUGGCCAAUGGCAGCACUACCCAGUUGUUCAAGCUUCUGCUUUUCCUUCUGAUUCUUCACUCUGCACUCGCUGAGAUCUUCUUCGAAGAGAGAUUCGAAGAUGGAUGGAAGAGCCGUUGGGUUUUGUCGGACUGGAAAAGGAGCGAGGGAAAAGCAGGUACCUUCAAGCACACAGCAGGGAAAUGGUCUGGAGAUCCUGAUGACAAAGGUCUUCAAACACAUAACGAUGCGAAACAUUUUGCCAUAUCUGCAAAGAUACCCGAGUUUAGCAACAAGGACAGAACGCUUGUGGUGCAGUAUUCCAUUAGGUUGGAGCAGGACAUUGAAUGCGGUGGCGGUUACAUCAAACUUCUCUCUGGUUAUGUCAAUCAGAAGAAGUUUGGUGGUGAUACCCCUUAUAGUUUGAUGUUUGGACCAGAUAUAUGUGGCACACAGACUAAGAAGCUCCAUCUUAUACUAUCAUACCAAGGGCAGAAUUACCCUAUUAGGAAGGAACUGCAAUGUGAAACGGAUAAAUUGACUCAUUUCUAUACAUUUAUUCUAAGGCCUGAUGCCUCUUAUAGUAUCCUUGUUGAUAACCGGGAAAGAGAUUCGGGAAGCAUGUAUGCAGAUUGGGACAUCCUUCCUCCGAGGAAAAUCAAGGAUGUCAAAGCAAAAAAGCCAGCAGACUGGGAUGAUAGAGAGUACAUUGAAGAUCCUAAUGAUGUCAAACCAGAGGGAUAUGAUUCAAUUCCAGCUGAAAUUCCUGAUCCAAAAGCCAAGAAGCCUGCUGACUGGGAUGAUGAUGAUGAUGGACUAUGGAAGCCCUCAAAAGUUCCUAAUCCAGCAUACAAAGGACCAUGGAAACGCAAGAAAAUCAAGAAUCCCAACUACAAAGGAAAGUGGAAGAUUCCAUGGAUUGAUAACCCAGAAUUUGAGGAUGAUCCCGAUCUUUAUGUUCUCAGGCCAAUUAAGUAUGUGGGCAUUGAAGUGUGGCAGGUGAAGGCAGGUUCAGUUUACGACAACAUCUUAAUUUGUGAUGAUCCGCAGUAUGCAAAGCAGGUUGUGGAUGAAUUUAUGGCUAACAAUAGAGAGUCCGAAAAAGAAGCUUUUGAAGAAGCAGAAAAAGAAAGAAGGGCUAGGGAAGAAGAGGAGGCACAGAGAGCACGAGAAGAGGGUGAAAAAAGGAGAAAGGAGAGGGAUCAUAAAUAUGGAAACAGGAGGCGGCGUCGAAGGCCGGAUCCCCACGAUACGUAUGAUUACCAUGUAAGCCUAACAUUCUCUUGUUAUUUUAUCCUUAUGUGAAUAUGCCUCGUAAUACUUUAUUGCUUCCAUUGUUCGUGCAAUGAAGUGUUGUGUGAACUUUGGCUGCUGAUAUUGUGAUUCUUGGUUUACUCGAGUUGGGUAUGAUAUGACCACUGCCCAUAACACGUUACCAUUGAGAUAGAUAUCAGCCCUUUUGCAUAUCCAAAUCAAAUACAAUAAAGAUAUUUUUCAAUUACCUGACACACACACGCAAAAACAAAGACAAAAAUUAUUCGAACUUGAAAUGUAUACCUUCUGACUGUGAUCACUAGGUGUGAUUUGGUGAAGUCUGUAUCUGAUCAGCACCUCAAAAAGUGGCAAAGUGUGCAUUGAUUCUGGAAAGAGUUUCACAUUAAAUAGGACAAACUAUUUAUCGUCAUAAUAAGUCUUGAACUUUUCUCACCUAAUAAGUGGAUUAACAUAAUGAAUGGAUUGAAUUUUCCUUAUAUGUUUUCAGUCCUAAUUCAUUCAAAACAAAGAAGAUAUUCAAACAUCAAUUUAAGAAAACAUUGUUGUACUUAAAUAUGCAAAUUUAGAAAUAAAUUCCUGAAUUUUUCUGGAAGUAAGCAUAAAAGUGUCUCCAUUGGCAAUAUCACACUCACCGUCACUCUUUUUUCUAUCUUUCGUUCAUAUUGAUGUUCCACUUCAAUUAUUGCUUGUUAUUUAAAAAAAAAACAAAUUUUCUCAGGUAAUUUCCAAUAAAAAGCACACUGAGUCAUGAGUUGUCAUGAGUUGACAGGACUCUGUAAAUAAAUAUGAAUUCAAUGAUUCAUAAACAUCUGAUACUUUUUCUUACAUUGGUGUGGAAGUAGUGAGGAUAAAUAAUAUAUUAUGAAUUUGUAAUACAAAAUACAACUUCUGAAAUGCUUGAGCUGCUGUUGGGUUCGAUGCAUUGUAAGAUCUUUCCAUUGUGUGAAAUUUCGUUUUCUUUCAAUUAUUUUGGUAAGGGACAGUCUUCAUUUUCAGUACCCUUAGUAAAUAAGCAUUUCCUUGGACUUUGACUCUUUCAGGAUGAACUUUGAAAGGUGUAGUCUGGGUAGGUGGCAGUUGUGUGAUUGCAGCAAUAAAAUGCAUCUUUGAAGUUUUUAGAGAGUGCUGUGAAUUGUAGGACCAAAGCUGCAACUGCACCGACCAUACCGAGCUGUACUGAAUUGUAACAUCUGAAAAAAUGGGUGGCAGUCAUUAUGUUAACCUCAUUUCUUUUGGAUUAUUAUUAGGAAACAGCUGGUCAGCUGGUACUGUUCUGAACAUGGAAUUUGAACUUUUUCAACCUGUAACCCAGAAAGAAGAAAGAACUAAAAAAUUGUUUUUUGGUAA